CGCGUGAGCGCAUGCGCCUUGCGGAGAGUCCAGCCCUGACGGCUCUGGGCGGGUCUGGGCUGCUCCAGUGUUUUGGGGCCCAGGAGCUGUGGGAGGAGCUGGCGGGCUCACCGUGGUAACCGCUGCGCCGCUGCCCCCGCUCCGCCGCUGCCGCCCCGCCUUGCAGGCCUCGGGACUGUCACCUCCUCUGCUUUGGGGGUACAUUGGCCGGGUCUCCGGAAGUAGCCCUCGCAGAUUCUCAGACACUCCCAUUCUCCCCACGCCGCCGCCGCCGCCGCCGCCGCCAUGCAAGGCGAGGACGCCAGAUACCUCAAAAGGAAAGUUAAAGGGGGGAAUAUUGAUGUACAUCCAUCAGAAAAAGCUCUCAUUGUUCAGUAUGAAGUGGAAGCUACCAUUCUUGGAGAAAUGGGGGAUCCCAUGUUGGGAGAACGAAAGGAAUGCCAAAAAAUCAUCCGUCUGAAGAGUCUCAAUGCUAACACAGACAUAACCUCUCUGGCCCGGAAAGUGGUUGAAGAGUGUAAACUCAUCCAUCCCUCAAAGCUAAAUGAGGUAGAACAGCUUUUGUAUUAUCUACAGAACCGCCGUGACUCAUUGUCAGGAAAAGAAAAAAAAGAAAAAUCAAGCAAGCCUAAAGACCCACCUCCUUUUGAAGGGAUGGAGAUUGACGAAGUGGCCAACAUCAAUGACAUGGAUGAGUACAUUGAGCUCUUGUAUGAAGACAUUCCAGACAAGGUUCGGGGAUCUGCCUUGAUCCUGCAGCUUGCUCGAAAUCCUGAUAACUUGGAAGAGCUAUUAUUAAAUGAAACUGCCCUGGGUGCGCUAGCAAGAGUCCUCAGAGAAGACUGGAAACAAAGUGUUGAGUUAGCUACAAACAUCAUUUAUAUCUUCUUUUGCUUCUCUAGCUUUUCUCAUUUUCAUGGACUCAUCACUCACUAUAAAAUUGGAGCACUGUGUAUGAAUAUCAUUGAUCAUGAGUUAAAAAGACAUGAGCUUUGGCAAGAAGAACUUUCUAAGAAGAAGAAAGCUGUUGAUGAAGACCUUGAAAAUCAAACAUUGAGAAAGGAUUAUGACAAAACCUUUAAGAAGUACCAAGGACUUGUGGUAAAACAAGAGCAGCUAUUGAGAGUUGCUCUCUAUUUGCUUCUGAAUCUUGCUGAGGACACACGUACAGAACUGAAGAUGAGGAACAAGAAUAUCGUUCACAUGUUGGUGAAGGCUCUCGAUCGGGACAAUUUUGAGCUGCUCAUUCUAGUCGUGUCAUUCUUAAAGAAACUCAGUAUUUUUAUGGAGAAUAAAAAUGACAUGGUGGAGAUGGAUAUUGUUGAAAAACUGGUAAAGAUGAUACCCUGUGAGCAUGAAGAUCUCCUGAAUAUCACCCUCCGGCUCCUCUUAAACCUCUCAUUUGACACAGGCCUGAGAAACAAGAUGGUACAAGUCGGACUUCUCCCAAAGCUCACUGCACUCCUGGGCAAUGAAAACUACAAACAAAUAGCAAUGUGUGUGCUUUACCAUAUAAGCAUGGAUGACCGCUUUAAGUCAAUGUUUGCAUAUACUGACUGCAUACCACAGUUAAUGAAGAUGCUCUUUGACUGUUCAGAUGAGCGAAUUGACUUGGAGCUGAUUUCAUUCUGUAUUAAUCUUGCUGCUAACAAGAGAAAUGUCCAGCUCAUCUGUGAAGGAAAUGGGCUGAAAAUGCUCAUGAAAAGAGCCCUGAAGCUCAAGGACCCACUGCUGAUGAAGAUGAUCAGAAACAUCUCCCAGCAUGAUGGACCCACUAAGAAUUUGUUCAUUGAUUAUGUUGGGGAUCUCGCAGCCCAGAUUUCCAGUGAUGAAGAGGAAGAGUUUGUAAUCGAGUGUUUGGGAACGCUGGCAAAUCUGACAAUCCCAGACCUAGACUGGGAACUGGUUCUGAAGGAGUACAAGCUAGUUCCAUUCCUCAAAGACAAACUAAAGCCAGGUGCCGCAGAGGAUGACCUUGUUUUAGAAGUGGUGAUAAUGAUUGGAACCGUCUCUAUGGAUGACUCUUGUGCUGCACUGCUCGCUAAAUCAGGAAUAAUCCCAGCACUCAUCGAACUGCUGAAUGCUCAACAAGAAGAUGAUGAAUUUGUGUGUCAGAUAAUUUAUGUCUUCUACCAGAUGGUUUUCCAUCAGGCUACAAGAGAUGUCAUAAUCAAGGAAACACAAGCUCCAGCAUAUCUUAUAGACCUGAUGCAUGACAAAAAUAAUGAAAUCCGCAAAGUCUGUGAUAACACAUUAGACAUUAUUGCAUCUCACUACCAAAAAGAUCCAAAAGAAAUCAAGUUAAUAUAUGAAGGCAUCUGCAUUGCCAAGAUGAUAACCAGUGGAGAUAUCCUAACUGCCCAUCAGCUAGAGUAUGAUGAAGAGUGGGCCAAGAAAAUUCAGAGUGAGAAGUUUCGCUGGCAUAACUCUCAGUGGUUGGAGAUGGUGGAGAGCCGUCAGAUGGAUGAGAGUGAGCAGUACUUGUAUGGUGAUGAUCGGAUUGAGCCAUACAUCCACGAAGGUGACAUUCUUGAAAGGCCUGACCUUUUCUACAACUCAGAUGGACUGAUUACCUCUGAAGGAGCAAUAAGUCCAGACUUCUUCAAUGACUUUCACCUCCAGAAUGGAGAUGUGGUUGGGCAGCACUCAUUUCCUGGCAGCCUUGGAAUGGAUGGCUUCGGUCAGCCAGUGGGAAUCCUUGGACGUCCUGCCACGGCAUAUGGAUUCCGCCCUGACGAACCUUACUACUACAGCUUUGGGUCUCGAUAAAAUUGCCCCUCCCAUGUGGAUACUCAGCCUAGGAGAGACCUGUGUGCUGUGGGCUAACUUUGAAUCUUGACGUAAUAAUGCAUGUUGUACUCCUGUGGGCCGUGCUGCUUAUUUCUCCACGUUGUUAGCUUCAGGGUAAUGCUAACCCUCACGUCUCUUGUUAAAUAUGGUUGAUGCUCCACUGUUCACUCAUCCAGCCACAUCUCGAGGUGAAUAACAUUUCCCAUGAGACUGUUGUGAAACUGCUAUCCUGGAAAGGCAGAAACUACAUUAUGUACAUUAAGUGACUAAUUUCUAUUUUAAAAAAAAAAAAAGUGGCACACAUGGUAAGGAAUGAGCCAAAGUCAUGUGUUCAUAUUUACUGUUUCACAGGAACCACUCAUGUACGUGGGAUACACAUACUUUUUUUUUCUUUCUCUUUCUACUUUUAAACUCCUUAGUCUUUCGUGUGAGCCAUGCUACCUUUAAAUUUUAUUUUAAAUGAACCUCAUCCUUUUUAUCCCAUGCUGUGUCUGGAAGUUUCUUUCACAAACUUAUUAACCAUAUGAGCUUUUUAACUAACAGUGAACAUAUGCUAUAAGUAAUGUUAUACAUUAGUAUAGUCUACUGAGUGCUCCAGAGUCAUAACGUGUUAACUGCAGCAGAUCCUGGGGAGCAGAAGCUGCUGUAAACGGAGCAGGAGCAACACUGAGCUUCUAAGUCUGGUUCUUCCAAAAUGUACGAUAUAAAAUGUGAAGAUGCUGCCAGGUGGUGGUGACUCACGCCUUUAAUCCCAGCACUUGGGAGGCAGAGGCAGGCGGAUUUCUGAGUUCGAGGCCAGCCUGGACUACAGAGUGAGUUCCAGGACAGCCAGGGCUACACAGAGAAACCCUGUCUCGAAAAACAAAAAAAAGAAAAAAAGAAAAAAAAAUGUGAAGAUGCUAAUUAUUUUUGCCUUACCUAAAAAAAGGAAGGGACUCUCUGUUCACGUAAGAUAGAAGUAGGCAGUGCGAAAUUGAAAGGGACAGGAUGGUUAAUAAUGAGUUUUGAAAAUAAUUCAUUGAUUGUAAAAUAUUGAAAACUUUACUUGAAAAACCAAGCAAAUGAAUUCAAUAUGAGCGUAGAUUUUGCUUGAUCAUCUUCUACUGAAGGAAACAUAAGCUUCCGAACAGUACAGAUCAAAGGGAAAUUUUCUGCUUUUAAAUUUAGAAUCCCACUGAUCUGAGUAUACUGUUUAACUCAGUUCACACAUUUAGCACAAAGUACUGGAGCUGGGAGGGUCCUUUUGACAGUCAGUCCACCCCUUGAAAAAUGUAAAGCUGACCAACAGGUGUGUUCUUACCUGACAGAUAAAGGUAGUAUAUGAUCUGGGACAUUGUUUAUGUUUGCGAAUUCACAGUCUUGAAAGCAUGCAGUUAUUUCUUUGUUUCCCUUUUACCCACAAAAUAUUAAAGCCAGAAAG